UUUCUUUGGAGAAGUGGAGAGAAGAGAUGAAGAAGGCUGUGAGUCUCUGUCCUCCUGGACCAAAUGUUGUGCUGCUGUUAGUGAAACCUUCUGAUUUCACUGAAGAGAACAGACUAACACUGAAGUUCAUCCUGAGUUUGUUUGGUCAAGAUGCUUUCAAACACUCAGUGGUCAUCAGCACACAUAAGGAGGAUAAAACAGAUGUCUCUUUUAGAAGACUCAUUAAAGACUGUGGAGAACGACACUACAGUAUGGCUGACAACAACCGUGAUGUAUUAAUGCAAAAGAUUGAGAAAACUGUUUUUGAAAACAAAGGAACCUUUCUCACUGUCAUUGAGGAUUCAGUCGCCCCAAAGUCUGGUCUUAUGAAAACAGCUUUGAACCUGGUUCUGUGUGGAAGGAGAGGAGCAGGGAAAACUUCAGCAGCUGAGGCCAUUUUAGGUCAGACAGAUCUUCAUUCAGUCUCCAGCUCAUCAGAGUGUGUUAAACAUCAGGGAGAGGUGUGUGGACAUUGGGUUUCCCUGGUGGAGCUUCCUGCCCUGUAUGGAAAACCUCAGGAGGAGGUGAUGAGGGAAUCACUCAGGUGUGUCUCUCUCUGUGAUCCUGAGGGCGUCCAUGCCUUCAUCCUGGUUCUACCUGUGGGUCCACUCACUGAUGAAGACAAAGGAGAGUUGGAGACCAUCAAGAACACAUUUGGGAGUCGAUUCAAUGACAUCACUGUGUUGCUGUUCACUGUUGAGUCAGAUCCCUCAGCUCCAGCUGUUGUUAACUUUGUAAAUGAAACCAAGUCCAUCCAGGAGCUUCUUCAGAGCUGUGGAGGAAGAUCUUUGGUUCUAAACAUCAAGGACAAGCAGCAGAUCCCAGAGCUGCUGGACAUGGUGGAAAAGAUGCACAAAGAUAAAUCCAAAUCAUUCAUCUUCACAACACAAACAUUUGCACAUGCCCAAAUAGAAACGAUCACAACUCUACAGGCUGAGCUGAAGAACCUGAAAACAAAAGACCCAAUCAUCUGUGAUGAUGAUAAGCUGAGUCAAGAGAGUCUCAGGAUUGUGCUGAUAGGGAAGACUGGCAAUGGGAAGAGUUCUUCAGGAAACACCAUUCUGGGAGGAAAGACAUUUGAAGCCAAUUCAUCCCAAACAUCAGUCACCAAAUUGUGUCAGAAAGUACAAAGUGAUGUGAACGGUCGUCCGGUCACUGUGGUCGACACUCCUGGUCUGUUUGACGAUAGCUUGUCUAAUGAAGAGGUUCAAGAAGAGCUGAUUAAAUGCAUCAGUCUUCUGGCUCCAGGACCACAUGUCUUCCUGUUGGUGUUACAAAUCGGCAGAUUUAGAUCAGAGGAGAAGGAGACAUUACAACUCAUCAAGAAAGUCUUUGGGAAGAAUGCUGAAAAGUUCACCAUCGUUCUUCUAACUAGAGGAGAUUCAUUAAAGCAUGAUAACAAGUCCAUUGAAGAAUACAUUGAAGAGGAAUGUGAUGAUUCCUUUAAGAAACUGAUUGCUGACUGUGGAGGAAGAUAUCACGUGUUUGAUAACUGUGAGGAACAAAAAAGAACACAAAUCAGUGAGCUGAUAACCAAGAUUGAAACAAUUGUGACACUAAAUGGAGGCAGCUGCUACACUAAUGAGAUGCUGCAAGAAGCUGAAGCUGCUAUAAUGAAAGAAAUGAAGAGACUCUUGAAGGAGAAGGAAGAAGAGAUGAAGAGAGAGAUGGAUGAGCUUCAAAAGAAACACGAGGAAGAAAUGAAAGAAAAGGAAAGAAGAAUGGAAGAACAGAGGAUAGAAAUUGAAAAGGAGAGAAAACUGAGAGAAAAACAACUCCAAGAAAAGCAGGAGAGGAUCAACAAGGAGUGUGAGGAGAGAAAGAAAGAACAGCAAAACAGAGAAGAAGAAAACAGGAAAAGAGAGCAAGAGGAAGAAAUUAAGAAACAGGAAUGGGAACAGAAACUCUCAGCUUUGGAGAAACAGAUAAAAUCUGAAUCAGAAUCAAAGGAAACCACAGACAAAAAGCUGGAGGAGACUAGAGAAGAGAUGAGAAAGCAACAAGAGACUUAGAAAGAAAGAAGAGAAUGGUGGACAAAACGGACACAAGAAGAUGAACAGAGACAACAGGAGGAACGAGCAAAACUUAAAAAGCUCCAAGAUGAAUAUGAAAAAGAAAGAGAGAUUAAUGAAAAGAAAAGAAAGGAAGAGGACAAAUACAAAAGAGAACAGGAGGAGAAGGAGAGAAGUGAUAUGGAGGAAAACUACAAGAAACAAAUGAAGGAAAUGAAGAAUAAGAAUGAAGUGGAGGCCAGAAAACAAGCUGAAGAACUCAAUGAUUUCAGACAGAAAUACAUGAAGGACUUCAGUGCACUGAUAGAGAAACACAUGGAGGAAAUGUGUGAGUUGAAGCGAAGACAAGAAAGACAACUGCACAAGGCAGAAGAGAGACGUGACAAAGAUUACAAUCUUUUACAAAACCUCUCAGAAAGCAAAGAAAAACAUCUGAAAGAAGAAAGAGAGGAAUUGAAGAAAAAGCACGAACAAGAAAUAAAUGAAAUGAAACAAAAAUACAAAAGCAAAUGUAUUAUCCUCUGAUGGUUCCAUCAACUCUGGCUUAUGACAUUAGCUGAUUGAACACCGUCCGUUUUAGUUUUGUGUCUAGCUGGACCAGUGUCUAAGAACGCCACAAAGACACUUCCAAUAGCAACUUAGUUCUUGCUAAAGUUUAUGGAUGUGAUGUCAUGUAAAACAAACACAUGAUACCUGUGCCCUAAUGAAAAGGACAAGUGCUCAUCCAAACACUGGGACCAUGACGUCCUUGGAGGAAAAUGUUUAAAUGCAGACGUUGCUGACGCUGUGUUCUGGCCAGGAGAAAUCCGCCACCCAAGCUGAUUUGACUCAGUCGGUGACUUCAUCUAACAUUUAACAUAACUAAAAUGGUGUCAUCUUUUGCUGUUUUAUAUACUGUAGAAAAUUGUAAGAGAGAUGCUGCCACAAGAGGGCGCCCUGUGUAUACAGUAAAACAGGCCUGUUCCUGCUAAGAAGUGAUUCCUGUUUGACUUCUCAAUUCAGUUUAGAUAUAAAUCAAACACAAUCUGAAUCAGAUUGUGUAAUUAGUAAUUUCAGGUUUUAUGAUCUUUGUAUUUU